CUUGCACAUUUAUCUGGUCAAAGUUCCCCUCGUCUUGUUUACAUCACCAAAUCCCCAUCUCAAAUCAGCUAUCGCACACAAUGGCUGCCCAACAAUCCGUUGCGACCUUCAAGCUGGUGCUUGUCGGUGAUGGCGGUACUGGAAAGGUAAGCAUGCCAUUUCCCAUGUCCUCCUCUGCCUCGCCGCCAUGUCGCGAUGCAGCUUCAGGCGAAGCCAGCGUGCGACGCUCUCGACCAUUUGCCGUCAUUGCCACUAUGCAUACUCUGAUACUGAUAUGUACGCGAACCAUAGACCACCUUCGUCAAGCGUCACUUGACUGGUGAAUUCGAGAAGAAGUACAUGGCCACUCUCGGUGUCGAGGUCCACCCUCUUGGCUUCUCUACCAACGUCGGUCAGAUCACCUUCGACGUCUGGGAUACCGCCGGCCAGGAGAAGUUCGGUGGUCUCCGUGACGGUUACUACAUCAACGGCCAGUGCGGUAUCAUCAUGUUCGAUGUUACCUCCCGUAUCACCUACAAGAACGUCCCCAACUGGCACCGUGACUUGGUCCGUGUCUGCGAGAACAUCCCCAUUGUUCUCUGCGGUAACAAGGUUGAUGUCAAGGAGCGCAAGGUCAAGGCAAAGACCAUCACCUUCCACCGCAAGAAGAACCUUCAGUACUACGAUAUCUCCGCCAAGUCCAACUACAACUUUGAGAAGCCCUUCCUCUGGCUCGCCCGAAAGUUGGCUGGCAACGCCCAGCUGGAAUUCGUCGCUGCCCCCGCUCUUGCUCCUCCUACUGCCCAGGUCGAUGACAAGCUUCUUGAGCAGUACCGCAAGGAGAUGGAGGAGGCUACUGCCAUGCCUCUGCCUGACGAGGAGGAUGACGACUUGUAAAGAGCUAGUAUGAUUGGGAAAGAACAUGGGGCUACACUGGCGCAUCCGCGUCUAAAGUCCACAAAAUAGGUACAUCAUCCCUUUAGCAAUGGCUAUUCACGGACAUGGAAUGAUGCGCGGAGGAAAGGAUAAAUUCUUCAACGAGCGCGAUCGGUGCCUUGCGCUCAGGAUUUGUGGAGUGAACGGUCAUCCCCGUUCCAAGGCGGCUCCUUGACGACCUGCUGCGUUUUGCAGCUUUUAGAUAGCACCAUACGUAGACACGACGACCAAGAUCAAUAUGACUGAUCUGUACGACCAACACAAGCUGUUUCUUAAAACAAAA